CGAAAACGAAUACGAAUACGAAACAAAGCCGAAACCGAAUUCAAAACCAAAUAUCCAAUUUCAAACGCUGCGUGUCGUGUGUUGAAUCUUUUCGGGAUCCCGAUCCCAACCGAUCCGAUCCGAUCCGAUCUUUAAUUGUGUCACUAAUGAGCCGCAUUUAUGUUAAUCUCGGCACCCGGCUGAAAGAAACAAGUCUAAGCCUUUCAAGCGAUUACAAAUAAAAAAGGCCGACGUUGCCGACAAGCUUCCUCCUUCCUUCUGCCUUCUGCCUCCUGCCGAGGGGAGAACGAAGACAACAACGGAGAAGACAACGAAGACAACGAAGACAACGCAUCUUUAUCUCGCGCUUUUUCACCUGCUGCGUCGUUUAUGGUUAUUGCCGCAAUUUCGUUGUGACAGUCGGAGGCGCUUUAUCAUAAAUUAAAAAGUCGUGUAGUCGUAAAGAGAGGGGGUGAAAGAGAGGGGCAGGGCAGGGGAGGGCAGGGAGAACGGACUUCGUGUGGACGCUGCCUCUUCUUAGUUGGUCAGUGGUCAGUGCGUGUGUUCGGCUUUUGAGCUGAUGAAUGAUGCUGAGAUUCGAGCUGAAGUUGAAUUCGAGUUGAGUUAUUUGCAUGAAUGAAAUCUGCCGACUUGUGAUAAAUGAGCCAAGAGCUGAGGCAACCGUCUAAAUAUUUAGUUGGCCAGUUCAGUUCAAAUAAGCCAACGAUCUGGCGAUGACUUAAUUUAAAUAAUGCUACGACGACGACGACGCUCCCAGAAGCCGCGACUUCUAUUUCAAUAUCGGUGUCAAAUUUGCAGCAAUUCAUCAAAAUAAAUAAUCACAGAGCUCGAGUGAAACAAAAGAAAAAACUAUAAAAUAGCAAAUAACAGAAAUAUGCCAUUUGUAAUUGUUAAAAUUGUGCAAAGCUCAACAAAAUUUCUAUGGCAAGUUCGAAAUUAUGAAAUCAACACUUUUAGUGUGAAAUGAAAUGAAUAUGAAACGAAUAACGAUUCGUAGUACUCGAAUUUGUUUGUGUGUCUGUGUUUGUGCAACGUAGCAACAUGUGGAAAAUACAUAACAAACUCUUAAUAUAUUUACUCUGGAUUAUGGAAAUAAGAUUAGUGUCCAGCUUUACGUCCGCAAUGCUCUGUGGCCGCAUCCCUGGUCUGACGCCGGCACAGCGACAGUUCUGCAGCGAAAUGCCGGAUGUGCUGAUUGCCCUUGGCGAGGGUCAACAGCUGGGAGCACGUGAGUGCCAGCAACAGUUUCGGGGUCAUCGCUGGAACUGCUCCGAGGUGUGGCACAAGAAUGUCCAUAUCAUACCCAUAGCUUCCAGGGAGGCGGCCUACACCUAUGCCAUUGCGAGUGCUGGGGCAGCUUAUGCGGUGACUGCCGCCUGUGCGAGGGGCAACAUCUCCAAGUGCGGCUGCGAUCUGCGCCACAAGGCCGCACCACCGGAGCCCUGGAAGUGGGGCGGCUGCUCCGCGGAUGUGGACUUUGGUAUUCGACACACCAGCAAGUUCAUGGAUGCCAGAGAGCUGGAACGGGACUCACGAUCACUCAUGAAUCUCCACAAUAAUCGCGUGGGACGCAGGAUUGUGAAGAAGCUGCUGCGCACGGACUGCAAAUGUCACGGCGUGAGCGGCUCCUGUGUGAUGAAGACGUGCUGGAAGAGCUUGCCGCCUUUUAGCCUGGUCGGUGACAAGUUGAUGCAGAAAUAUCACAAAGCCAAAACUGUUCAAGCCGUCAGAGGCAAACGUGGACUGAGAUUAGCAUUAAGCAGAAAGAAGCAUGCCAUUGCCGCAGGUCAGAAACCAGCUUGGGCUUGGCCCAAACGCAUGGAACUCGUCUAUUUGGAGGCAUCGCCCAACUAUUGUGAGCGGAGCAUUCAAACUGGAACACUGGGAACUGCGGGACGAUCCUGCAAUCGCACCGGCCACGGCCCCCAGAGCUGUGAUCUUCUCUGUUGUGGGCGUGGUCAUAAUACCCAGCACAUACACCGCAAAUCGCAAUGUCGCUGCCAAUUUCAUUGGUGUUGCGAUGUCGAGUGCGAGGUGUGCGAUGAGAGUUACGAGCAGUUCACCUGUAAAUAGUUAAUAGUUCACCCCAAAUGCGAAUGUUGCUAGUAUUACUUAGUUAGAUUACCUAGUUGCUAGUAUUACACUGAUAAAAAAAAUGUUCUAAAAUCAAGAUUUUGGUCUCAGAACUAAGAUUUUUGGUCUUAAAAAU